GCCGAACAUGUUCAAAACCCUAAUUCACCUCUACUCGGGACUAUAAAUGUCUACCAAAUAUAGCUCCCCUACGUUUUCUUUCUCAAGCCUCCGAAGCUAGGGUUUCUGUAUCGAAGACAUGGGAAAGGGAACGGGAAGCUUCGGAAAAAGGAGGAACAAGACUCAUACGCUGUGUGUCAGAUGCGGCCGCCGCAGCUUCCACCUCCAGAAGAGUCGCUGCGCCGCCUGUGCUUUUCCUGCCGCCCGCAAACGAACAUAUAACUGGAGUGUGAAGGCAAUUCGAAGGAAGACCACCGGAACUGGCCGGAUGAGGUAUCUCCGUCAUGUUCCCCGCAGGUUUAAGAGUGGUUUCAGAGAAGGCACCGAAGCAGCCCCAAGGAAGAAGGGAGGUGCUGCAACAUCUUAAGGUUGGAGGCCAACUUUGAGUCUGGUUUUGUUUGGCUUUAAUAGAAUUUUGCAAGAAGAAAAGUUUUGGAUCUUUGUGUACUGAGCAUUUACAAGCUGUUUGUGUUUUCCAAUAGUUGGAUGGUUAUUAAUGCUUUUAUUUUCAAAAAUGGAAUUGCCUUAUAAUAUUGUGUUACCGCUGCCUGUAGUUGUAGCCUACCUUUGCCAAAUAGGGUUCCAUUUAUCAUUUUCGGGAGUUCAUAUUAUACUAUCGGGACUUUGUUAUCAAUAAUGUCGGUUUGAUGUCUCCUUCGGAAUACUAAAUGCAUAAUGCGGCUGGCUGCCUUGCUCUCUCCAUAAGAAAUGAUGAUAUUAUGUAAAUUAUUACCAUCUGGUGCAUAUUAUGUAAA